UGAUUUCUUCGUUGGGUAAGCAGAAUCUGAAGUCAGUAAUUGUCUGGCACCGUGUAUGCAUAAAUUGUCAACAUUCAACAAUAUUAUUAUCUAAUACACCUGCCGGGAUUUUAUUGAAUUUCGAAGCAAUAUUAAGUUUCACAGUUCAGAAUGCGGAUUGCUUCAGCGUUGUUGAAGGCUCGGGUACCUCAAAAUGAGAACGCCGUACCAUUCCAGGAAAUCUUACCUCUACGACUCAAAAAUCAGGUCAGUGGAAAAACGGACAAGGGAAGCGAUGUUGCAUGCCUGCAAGAGAUGGCCGUUAUGUUCUCGUGUCUUAAAGCAAACGAAUUCGACGAACGGCUUUGCCCAAAGGAAGUGUCCAGUUUCAAAAAGUGUUACAAAGUGUACAUCGAUAAAAAAGCCUCCAAAAAAGAAACUUCUAGUAAAGGAAUUCUGGUUCCCGGUAAGGAUCUCAACUACAAACAGUUGAACAAGGUACUGAAGCAAUUUCCAAACCAGACUCAAGACAAAUAGGAAUCAAUUUCGGAAUUAGUUUAAUAAAUCUUCUCGUAUACUUGUA